GGAGUUGGUCACUGGACACAGUAACGGUGCAAGAGCAGGCAUGCAGCCGGGUGUCUGAGACCUGUGUAAGUCAAAGCUGUGACACAUCUAGGCACGGAGAGGGCUGUACUUCAGUGCAAGGCAGAAGGGCAGUAAGUUGGGAUUGACAGCCUUUUGACAAGCAUUGCUUGGAGAGAUAAUCUGUAAGGAAUAUCCUUGAAAAGACUAUUAUGGCUCUUGCUGCUGUGCAUUUUUUACUGAAGAUCCCAAGUGCUAUGUUCCUGCGGGCUCCCCAGAGAUCUCUCCAACUUUGCAGCCGGUGCUACCCAGUUCACACUUCUUUGAGUUAUGAAGCCAUAAAACAACAGUACAGACCAGAGGUGCCAGAGUACUUCAACUUUGCAAGAGAUGUGCUGGACAGAUGGAUUGAUGUGGAAAAGGAUGGAAAAAAGUCUAAAAACCCUGCCUUAUGGUGGGUAGAUGGUGCUGGAGAAGAGGUGAAGUGGAGCUUCGAGGAGCUGGGAGUGCUGUCCAGGAAGGCGGCAAACGUACUCUCUGAUGCCUGCAGUCUGCAACGGGGAGACAGAGUUAUUCUGAUUCUGCCCCGGAUCCCGGAGUGGUGGCUGGUGAAUGUGGCUUGCAUGAGAACAGGAACUGUCCUGAUUCCUGGCACACAGCAGUUGACAGCAAAGGACAUUCUUCAUCGACUACAGAAAUCCAAGGCAAAGUGUAUCAUCACUGAUGAUUCUGUGGCACCAGCUGUAGACUCAGUUGAGGCUGAAUGCCAGUCUCUGAACUUCAAGUUGCUUGUGUCAGAGGGCCACAGAGAAGGUUGGCUGAACUUUAAAGAUCUCCUGAAAAAUGCUCCUUCUGAUCAUCACUGUGUGACCACAAAGUGUCAAGAUCCAAUGGCUAUCUAUUUUACCAGUGGAACUACAGGAUCUCCAAAAAUGGCUGAACAUUCCCACAGCAGCUAUGGUAUUGGCCUCACAGUAAGUGGAAGGUACUGGCUGGACCUGACUUCCUCAGAUAUAUUUUGGAAUACAUCAGACACGGGCUGGGCAAAGUCAGCUUGGAGCAGCGUUUUUUCACCAUGGAUUCAAGGGGCAUGUGUAUUUGUACAUAAGAUGCCACACUUCAACCCAAGCAUUGUCUUUGAGAGUCUGUCAAGAUUUCCCAUAACUGUCUUCUGUUCUCCUCCGACUGCCUAUCGAAUGCUUGUGCAACAUAAACUGUCCAGCUAUACAUUCAAAAGCCUGCGGCACUGUGUGAGUGCUGGGGAGCCAAUCAACCCUGAUGUGAUAGAAGAAUGGAAAACGCAGACUGGGCUGGAUAUUCAUGAAGGCUAUGGACAGACAGAAACAGUGCUGAUCUGUGGAAAUUUUAAGGGAAUGAAAAUCAAACCUGGCUCUAUGGGAAAGCCGUCUCCAGGGUAUGAUGUCAAGAUUAUAGAUGAAAACGGUAAUAUUCUGCCUCCUGGAAAAGAAGGAGAUAUUGCCAUCAGAGUAAAACCUACAAGAUCGCUUUUUCUUUUUACUCGCUAUGCUGAUGAUCCACAGAAAACAGAGGCAACAAUACGUGGGGAUUUUUAUGUCACUGGAGACAGGGGGAUUAUGGAUGAGGAUGGAUAUUUCUGGUUUGUUGGAAGAGCUGAUGAUGUCAUUAAUUCUGCUGGAUACCGUAUUGGACCAUUUGAAGUAGAAAGUGCCCUAGUAGAGCAUCCUGCAGUGGUGGAGUCAGCAGUUGUCAGCAGUCCAGACCCUAUCAGAGGAGAGGUAGUGAAAGCCUUUGUUGUUUUAACAUCUGACUAUGCUUCGCAUGAUCCAGAAAAAAUGAUGAAAGAGCUACAAGACCAUGUUAAGAAAGUUACUGCUCCAUACAAGUACCCUAGGAAGAUGGAGUUUGUUCAACAGUUGCCAAAGACUAUUAGUGGGAAGAUCAGAAGAAAUGAACUGCGCCAGAAGGAGUGGAGAAAAGAUUGAAGUACUUGUUGCUUUUUUAUAGGGUUUUUUACAAAGUAAGAUAUUGCAGGUUUACACAGUAGCAUAGAGUAAAACACAUUAUGCUACAGCUUUUGUAGUUUAGGUUUGAAUAAAUUUUUACCUGGUUCCCAGCAUUUGGCUGUCCCAGGUGCUACACUAUUAGCUAACAGUAUAAAAGCAGACAGGCUGAUACAAAUGAAAUCAGAAACUCAUAUAGUCAAGAGCACAACAGGUAAUGUGCAUUAAAUGAAGGGUCACCAGCAUUUUAUCUUUAUUGCUAUUUAAUUUAAAGGAGAAAAAACCACUAAGAGUUUAAGACAACACUGUUGCUUCAAGGAUUACUUUUGAGAAGUGCAGCAACUUCUAAGUAAAUUUUUAAAAGCUAGUUGUAAUCAUUACAUGUAUAUUUAGAAAAAAGUGUAAAUAAAAUCUGUGUCAUUAAAAUGGUCUUUAAGGACUGGAUUAGUAAGGAAUUUAAAACAUCUGCUCAUACUUUAGCACUUAGGUUUAUCUGUUCUCUCACACUUAAUUAGCGAGGUACUUUGUGAUAUAUUGAUAUUUUUGUAUGCUUGAGCAAUUUCCAUUUCCAGCUACGUUAACCAAGCAACAUCAUUUUUGUCCCAUUCUCAGAACAUAUAUCUGACCUUGUUGACUGUCCUGAUAUUAAGGAUGAUCAACUUACUGAAUUUAAGAUUUGGACAAAAAAAAUUACCAAUUUUCAACUUCUCAUGGAGGGUCUAAGACACAAACAUUUUUUGUUGGAGGAAUUGCCUAAAUUACCAGCAUAAGUUCCAAGAGAGGUCAAAGCAUCUGCUUUCAGGGUGAGACCAUUAGAUUUCUCUUUUAGAAGCACAUAUUCCCACUUGAAGUAUCCACAGCCUUUCUUAUUAUCUUCACGCUUGCCAACAGGACAACAGAAAAAUGCUUUGCCAUGAUUUGGACCAGCAUUUGACACAUACAGUUUUUUAGCUCUUCGACCACAGUUACACAGAGGGGGAGUUGGGUUUCCAUUUUUCAUGGCUCUUACAGACUGAUUCAAAUUGACUGUGGAGUUCAGAAUGGCAGGAGACACUCUGGGCACAUUUGAACUUCUUAAAGGUAAGGAAUGACCAAAAGAUGCAGUUUUCUCUUGAUAUACAGCAAAAGACUGUUUUUUUGCUGGUGGGAACAUUUUUGGACUAGUUAGCUUUCUUUUAGGAACCUCUGAAGAAGUAGAAUAAUUUCCAGUUAAUGCUGAUUGUGCUGAAAUAGCAUUUACCUUUGCAGAUGGUAACUUAAAAGCUGAAAAAUUUGAAGUCUGCCGUUGUACUGUUCCUACAUUAUAGAUAGUAGUAUCAGGACUUUUGUAAACAAUAGAUUUCAGAGGUUCCACAGGUACCAUGGUUUUCUCCGAACUUUGGCUAUCUGAACUCACCACAGCCAAUUUUCUUGAAAUUCUUUUCUCUUCAAGUACUGUUAAAAUAUCUGUACUUGAGUAAUCUUUGAAUUGAAUGCAGUCUGAAUUUUGUUCAUAUUGAGAUUCUGGUAUUAAAGCGACAUCUUCCCAGUCAGUCAGCAGAGAUAAGCAAUCAGAACUAGUAGUUAUAUCCUCAUUGGAGAUAUUAACAGAGGGGAUGGUAGUGGAGACGAGCACUAGGCCUGAUCCACGUACUGGAGGGCUAUAUCUGGCUGCACUCAGAGGUUGCCCAUUGCUUGAUCCUUGCUGAAUGCCUGUUGACAGAGUACUGUGAGAUUGCUGUGCCUGCUCAAGAAAUCUGUCAGUAGAUGCUGCUAAAGAGCUUUGGGCUUGAGUGUGUAACUCAGUCCUUGAGCUGCUGCUAGGUACAGCGUGGAUGUCUGCAGAGGAAUCCGUGCAAGUGGUCUGUUGUUCUUCAGUUUGUACAUUAGAAUUUAUCUUAAUUCCAGCAAUACUGCUGUGGUUUUUCUCAGCCAGAGAGUUUGUUUUGCAAGUUCCAUCUCUAGAUGCUUCAGGUCUGCUGUUAAUUCCCAAUGGAGUCUUGUCAGUGAAGUUUAUAGUCAGUGUUCUGGAAGUGAAAUUAUUCUUUGGAUGUGUCUAGGGAAUCCGCAAACAAAAGGAGAUUUUGGAAAGUGAAUACCCAGAAGUUUUAGGAAUCAAUGAACAAAAUGAAUAAGCGUAUCAGCCUAGGGAUGUUCUGUUUAAUUCAUAGUCAAGACUCUGGGUUUAUUAUUUGAAUAGCUCACCUUCCAUCUGCAUUCCAGACUGCAAAGCAAGUAGAAGGGAAGAUACGAAGAAGUUACUAACCUUAUCCAAAGAUUUAGUAACCUUCAGCACACAUCCAUCACAAAUCAGCCUCCAGGCAAGACGGGCAGUAUUCCGAGAAUCAUCCAACCCUUUAAAAAAGUAUGGUUAUAUUAAUUCUUCUUUUUAAACUACUACUGGGGAUAGUUCUUAUUGGAGGAAAAAUGUCUUCUAGGUAAGCCUUACAUAAAUGACAGGGAUUCAUAGAACUCUGGCACAUAGUUAUCUAGUUCAAAAAAGGGAAGCAAAAGUAAAAAAUUCCCUCUGCUGAAACAUCUGAAGGACCAAUCCAUAGAGCUGAAUAUAUAUCCACAAUUGUUUAAAUCCUCGUUCUGUUUUAGUUAUGUAAAAAAAAUUCAUAUUGUGCUGGUGUUCUCUUACACUAAUAUGCUGUCCAGAGCUAUUGGGUAAAAUCAAUUUUCCUUAUC